CUCUCGUCGUUUUCAACGUCGUUGCUCGGCACAUGCCGGCGCGCUCGCUACCGAGUAACUUCGUUGUCGCGAGGCUCACGAGUUUUCUUUUCUUUUACACUGAUAAAUGAAUAUAUUUUUUUAAUUAAAAUUCAAGAGUCCCGCCGUGAUUCUUCAGGUUUUAUUUUACAUUUAUUAUUAUUUUCGCGCGAGUGAUUUUACCGUUAGUGCUUCAGCCUUGAGACAGUCCAGUCGACCAAGUCGGGAUCGAAGAGCAAUAUUUUUUCUGUUGACAAUCCAGAGAGCAGUUGCCGCAGUCGACUUUUCGUUAAAAAGAAGCUCAAAGUGCAAAGUACAAUGACGGACGAGAACAACAAAGGGCCAACGGAGUUGGACACGUUUUUGCCGCGGGACGAAUCGGGCAUAAAAGAUGGCGCGCUGUCAGCCAAAUAUAAAGUGCAGGUAACGCCUCGUGAUACUGAAUUGGGUCAGACCGAUAGAAAAAGUUUCGACCCGUUUGUCGAACGUAAAGUCGACAAUCCGACGACGGAUGGCGAGACUUUGACACAUUUGCUGAAAGCCUCUCUCGGGACUGGGAUUCUCGCAAUGCCAAAGGCUUUCAACAGCGCCGGCUCGCUUGUUGGUAUUAUCUCGACCAUGCUCGUUGCGUUCGUCUGCACCCACUGUGCAUAUAUUCUCGUCAAAUGCGCUCACGUGCUCUAUUACAAAACGAAAAAAACGGAAAUGGGCUUCGCGGAUGUCGCGGAAGCAGCUUUCUCGACGGGGCCUCAAUGGGGAAGAAAAUUUUCGACGCCCUCGAGAUACCUCAUACAGAUAAGUUUAUUCAUAACGUAUUUCGGGACGUGCAGCGUAUACGCGGUGAUCAUAGCAGAGAAUUUGAGGCAAAUAAUUGAGCACUAUUUGGAGGAUACGGUGAACGAGCGACUUCCAAUUAUUUGUCUUCUACUGCCACUAAUAUUGUUAAGCUGGAUACCAAAUUUGAAAUAUCUCGCGCCAGUAUCAAUGAUAGCAAACGUAUUUAUGGCAACUGGGCUUGGUAUUACGUUUUAUUAUCUCGUCUGGAAUCUUCCAUCGAUCGGCUCGGUUCCUCUCGUCGCUCCCAUUCAACGUUUUCCCGAUUUCUUCAGCAUUACGAUUUUCGCUAUGGAAGCCAUCGGCGUCGUAAUGCCACUCGAAAACAACAUGAAAACGCCACAGCAUUUCGUCGGUAUUUGCGGUGUUCUCAACAAGGGAAUGUCCGGUGUCACACUCAUUUAUAUACUUCUUGGCUUUCUGGGAUACGUCAAGUACGGCGAGUGCGUCGCUGACAGCAUCACUCUCAGCUUGCCUACUCAUGAAAUACCCGCCCAAGUUGUCAAAGUUCUCAUCGCCCUUGCAGUCUUCUGUACCUUUGGACUCCAAUUCUACGUUUGUCUUGACAUUGCCUGGAACGGACUGAAGGAGAGAUUCCAGAAGAAACCAAUUUUGGCUAAUUAUAUUUUGCGAACCGCAAUGGUCACUGGUUGUGUUUUACUGGCAGUUGCAGUGCCAACAAUUGGACCGUUUAUCGGUUUGAUUGGAGCCUUCUGUUUUUCGAUUUUGGGUCUCUUGAUCCCGAUAUUCGUGGAGACGGUGACGUACUGGGACGUUGGAUUCGGAGUUGGAAAUUGGGUAGCGAUUAAGAACGUCGUAAUCGCAGUAGUCGGUGUUUUGGCGCUGGUCUUUGGAUCUCGGAGUGCAAUUGUCGAUAUAACUAGAUUGUACAUGCCACAGGACCCCGCGAGUCUCAAUGUGACCGAUGUGUGCAAAAAAGUGUUGGAAAUAUCGAACUCCACCAUUCUCACGAGUUUGAAUAUAACGACGACGACGCUGGCUCCUUCAAAUAUCACGAUAAAAUAAUGUUAAAAAAACGCGAUGGAAUAUUCGUACAAGUUCCUCAUAGCUAAAUCGCUGUCGUGAUUAAUUAUCGCGUUCGUCACAAACAAAAAAAUCAUGUCAAAAUUUAAAUCAUUACGAUACACGAUUAUUUGAUUUUAUAUCAGAUUUUUUCUUCUCAUUCAAGACAACGAGACUAGGUCGAUUUUUAGAGAUUCUAUACAAAUUUCAAUUUUGGUUUACAAUGAUUGAUAAUUUCCGCAAUGAAAAUGCUUGUUUUGAUGUUAUGAAAAAAAAAAAAUAUGUAGAAUAUGAAUUUAGUUAAUACGAAACAUCGACUUGAAAACGAAAAAAAAAAAAACAACGCGCCAAGUUCUAAGCAUUUAUCGGCACAAACGUGGCUUAACUUCGUUUUGUGCCUCGGUAUCCGGUUUAACAGAAUUUCCGUAAACAAAGUUUUUGCCUUUUUUAAUUUAUAUAUGUUUUGUUUCUUUGUUUUCAAUUUCUAUGAAAGGAACAAAAACCAAAAAGAGAAUCGCCUUAAAGUUUCACGAAGGAGCUUUUUAAAUAAGAACAUAAAGAAAGUAAUAGAGAAUGCAAUAUUUAUAUAUACAUUAUUCGCAGCACAAACGAAAGUAAAAAAACCCGACGAAAAUUUUACAAGUUGAAUGAGUUUUUAAAAAUUGCCUGUAAUCAUGAAUUUUUUUCCCUUUUAUUUCUCGAAUACUGCGUUGUUUACCGUUUUUAUUUUAUUGUUUUUUCUGAAAUUACAAUUUCAUUGAAAUAUUUUGUAUGUGUGUGUAUGCUGAAUGUCUUUUAUAAAGAAAAAAUACUCACGGUACAAACUGGGCAGAGAGAAAACAGAAGGAAAAAAAAACCAAAAAAACGAAGCGCAAUUCAACGAAACACUUUUGAUGCUACGCUACCGAGAUUUAGCCUGCCGCACGAAAUUGCUUACUUGCAUUACUUCUAUUUUUCAAUUGGCAAAACUUCGACGAAAAGCUCGUCACGGAAAAGUGGUUCAAUGCAUUUCUGCAUUUCCGAAUGUUUGUGAAUUUUUUUUUCAUUCUUAGACAAGAAAGAAACAUUAUUUCUGACAAAUUUGUACAUACGAAAUUUUUUUACUCUUUUCUGCUUCAACCAAGACUUUUUAUCGUUUUAUUAUUUUAAUGUUUGAAAGGUUUAACACAGAAUAAGGUUUGGAAGAACAAAUGGCUAUGACGUUCGGACUUUAGAAGCUCUUUCGAUUAAGUUCUUCUUUGUUAUUUGUUUUUGGAAUAAGAGCUAGUGGUCCGGGCAAAACAAUGUUGUACAAGAAAGUUGCUAUUGCAUAUGGAAAUAUUGAGCUAAAAUUCAUGGCGACGAUGCAUCAGGGAAUUUAUCAGUAUUUUUGGAAUUACAGAUUGAAAAAUGAAAUUAUUAAAUUGUCGCUGUGAAGAAAGGCCAUUGUAUGAAAAAAAAAAAGAAACAAAUUGUCCAUCGUUAAAUACUUUUUUCUCUACUGUCCUGUUGACAUGGUUUAUGAAGUAUAUUCCUAUGUUGACCGGAUAAACAGUGGAACUAUAUGGAUAAAUGCAAAAAUUAAGUUUGGGAAAUUACAUGAAAGUAAAUACAAAUUGAAAGUACUAGAUAAAUAAUUUUGUAUUUUCGGGAACAAUGAUCGAUAAAUACAAUGAGAAAGCAAUUUAUAUAUUUAGGCAAUGUAUCAAAGUGAAUGAUUUAAAUAUACAUUAUAAUUCAUUAUUAUCAUACGUUGGAACAAAA